CGUGAGAAGACUACAUAUUCCAGAAGCGUGUGCCCCACUGCUGCGUCACGUCACGUGACGUUGUAUAAAGCCAUUCUCUCAAAGUGUUCAUCGUGAAGGUGAAAAGCUUGUGCGCAUCAUUCAACGGCCUCCCUCUACUGCCAGAAGAUGUCGACCGUGUCUGCUGCUAGCAUGGAGCCUGCGUCUGUGACCCAGGGCAGCGAGGUGAAGAAGCCGCUGAGGCCGUGCUGCGCUUGUCCUGAAACCAAGAAAGUCAGAGAUGCAUGCAUCAUUGAAAAGGGUGAAGAGAAAUGCACAGAGCUGAUUGAGGCUCACAAAGAUUGCAUGAGGCAGCUUGGAUUCAAGAUUUAAUUGCUUUCUUUGUGCGUGUGUGUGUUGUGGUGCAAAUGGAAGACGAGCCAGCGACUUAGUUUCUUCCCCUCUUAUUUAUUCAGCACGUGAAUAAUGUACUUUGGGCUGUUUUUUUUUUUUCUAAGAAUGUGAGAAAUGUGUGACUAUCAGUUCUGUUGGAAUUGAAUAAAAGUUCUAUGCAAUAAGUUUCUGGUCAGAAACCUUGCUUCAUUUUAAGACUGGACUGUGAAUUAUUAAUGGUGUGUCUGAAUGUCUCCUCUCUGUGUGAAUGGCUGCUGUCCCUGGUAUGCACUUAGGCUUAAAAAUAACUGGAGUCAAUACUUGACAUAUCUACAUUCUUCCUCUGUUGUGGACCUGGCACACUGAUGCUAGCAGCGUUUGUCCUUGGACGGCGAAUCGUUUCUUACAAUUCAGUGUGCAAACGGCAGUAGUUUACAGAUCAAACACUUGUCAGUAUAAUCCAGUAUGCUGGGAGGUUUAACAUGACAUAUUUUCAUUUACAUGUGUGCAGCGUGGUCUGAAAUGUCUGAUUUCAAUUUACAUCUGAGUUUUCUGGUAAAAUAUAUGUAACGUGUAUAUAUAACACUGCCCGCACCGGGGCUCGAACACAAGACCUUCAUAAUGGGGAGACGAGAGCGCUGACCGCGCGGCCAAAAGCCCGGACUGUCGACCGCGUGUUCAGCGCAGUUCUCGAGGCAGAGGGAGUGAGGUUUACCAACGUACACUUGCACAGCCUCACAGGCUGGCAUCCGUUACAUAUACUGUACAUUGGUGGAUAUAAAAGAGAAAUGCCAUGAAGUGUAUUUGUCAUGUUUUGCACACCGCGAAGGAUGGAUAAAUGUUUGAUCAACAAUGUUGGUAACGUUGGUCAUAAAGGUUUAAAUGUCAUAGUUGGACUGUGUGUAUGAAUGUAUCAUUUUAAUAUUCAUAUUUUUUGGGUGGCGUAUGCAACAUUUGAAGCUUUACUGUCGAACCAGCUUUGAUCUGGCUCUGAUCGGGGGAGACUCAAAAAGUAGGUUUAAUAAAAAAAAAUGAAUGCAUUUAAUUGGAAUUGCGUAACAUUUGAGACUUUAAUGUCGAACCAGAUUUGAUCUAUGUUCCAUUGAACAGAGACGAAUAUCUCUGUCACACGUCAUCAAAUCAGCUAGUCAUUGGUGUCU